AUGAAGGGCACCAACACAGCUAUUGGAGGCGUCCUCGCGACACUUCUGGGUCUAACCCAGGCGAACUCCGACAUCGUUUCCCUCUUCACCAAUGGCGCAGCUUACAUCCAGGAGGCCAGUGCCACUCUCGUUCUUCCCAAGCUACCUAGCUCUGUCUCAGGAGACGUCGCCAUAUGGAGUGCCAUCAUGAUGGAGAACCAGGCAUCGUUCCUGCAAGGCGUAACCUCUAACUCUCCUAGUGGAUCAUACUGUAACGACGCAGGAAAGAGUUGGUGCAACUUUGCGUACACCCUGGUCGGCUCAAAUCCGACCGUUGGUGACCCUGUCACUGCCUCUCCUGGGUCCACAAUCAGGACGCACUACAAGUUGAACUCGGCAACGAAUCUCUGGGACCAAGAUGUCUACAUUGAUAACAAACUCGCUUCCUCCGUCUCAACUAGCAAGGGACAGAAAGGAAACAUCUUUUAUAUUUCUAUCGAGUGCGCGUCUGGUGGCUGCGCCGAGCACCCUGCGCAUAGCUGGGAAGAUGUCUCUAUUGUCCUUACCCAAGCUGAUGAAAGCUUUGGGCACACCGGGGGCUGGGAACAUGGGGCUACUGGCGGCGACAUGUCAUCUCCCGACGGCGGCAAGACUUGGAAUUUCAGCACUCUCAAUAUCCCGGCACAGAAGGCUGAGUAG